AUGGACUCAUCGCAGGAGUCGUUGGUCGCAGGCCUGUUUACCUCCCUGCUCGCCUCGACCGUCGCGCCAUCAUCAACUCCGCACCUCGCCUCCUACACACAUCCGCCCUUUGCAACAUCCUCUCCGAUCGCUUCGGAUCGCCCGCAUCAUGGUAGUGGGAAAAACGAAACAAUCCGCGAGUGGUCCUCACUGAUCGGCAUCGUGACAGCCUUGAUCGGCAAUAUCCUCAUCUCAUUAGCCCUCAACAUCCAGCGCUACGCGCACAUUCGCAUUGCGCGUGAAUGGGAACACGAGAAAAUUCAAAAAGAGACCUAUUGGAGACACUCGGAUUCCGGCUCAGGGACGGCGAAUCCGUACGGGACUUUAGGAGAUAACGGCACUCGCAUUGGGUUACAAAGGGGAAGGCCGCGUGAACAAGGCCGACACUCUCAACGCGCUGGUUUCGAGGCUUAUCGCGACAGUGAAGAGGGCACCGAUGGACGAAUUGAUGUCGCGGAAUCACAGAACCAACACCGCGGGUCUUUUUCGUCUGACGCGACAGAGCGCCCCGAGAACAAAGAUGCUGUCCAUGGGCACCGCAAGUCCUACCUCCGAUCCCCCUACUGGUGGGUUGGCAUUGUACUCAUGUGUGUGGGCGAAACGGGCAAUUUUUUGGCGUACGGCUUUGCGCCGGCGUCCAUUGUGUCGCCUCUGGGCGUGGUGGCAUUGAUAUCGAACUGUGUUGUCGCGCCGUGUCUACUCAAGGAGAAAUUUCGCCAACGUGACUUCUGGGGUGUGCUUGUCGCCAUCGCUGGCGCAGUGGUGGUCGUGCUCAGUGCCAAGUCGUCCGAGGACAAGAUUGGGCCCCAUGAUAUCUGGGUGAUGAUCACGCGAUGGGAGUUCGAGCUCUACCUGGGAUUGACUAUCUCACUGAUCGUUGGUCUCAUGUGGGCAAGUUACAAGUAUGGCCCGCGCUCGAUUCUCAUCGAUGUCGGGCUUGUUGCGCUGUUUGGUGGAUACACAGCCUUGUCUACAAAAGGUGUUGCGUCGCUGUUGUCGUAUACGCUGUGGCAUGUUAUCACUUUUCCGAUCACCUAUCUUCUUGUUUUCAUCCUUGUCUUCAGCGCCUUGAUGCAGAUUCGCUAUAUCAAUCGUGCCCUUCAGCGCUUCGAUUCUACGCAGGUCAUUCCGACUCAGUUUGUCCUGUUUACCCUUUCUGUCAUCAUUGGCAGCGCGAUCCUCUACCGGGAUUUUGAGUCGAUCACGGCUGCUCGCGCUGCGAAGUUUGUCGGCGGGUGUUUGAUGACUUUCCUUGGGGUUUAUUUCAUCACUAGUGGUCGAGUUCGCGCCGAUGACGAGUCUUCUUUCUCCUCCGAUGACGAAGAAGAAUCGAUCGGUCUUUUGAAUGGCGAAAGAUACCAGGAUCGGGUCGACUUGUCUCCCCCUGGUCAACAGUUGCGGACCCAGAAGGCUCUACGAGCUGCUCCGGAAGCAGAAGAUGUUGAUCAGUCACCUUCCGGGUCUCUCCUCAGCCGUGGCAUCGAGGGGAUUGAUGAUCACCAGCCUACACCAAGAGGCGUUCUCUCUGCGGCGCCUUCUUCCCCCGGUGGCUCAUUGACGGCCGAAUCCACUCUUUCUGCGGCUUCGCUCGAUCACACGUCGCCACUGCGGCCCCCAUCCCGCAUGUCGAACCCCUGGGCGAAUUCCCAUGAUGACUCGGCCAUGUCCAACACCCAGAUUACCCGCCCCGUUACUCCUCCGGGUCAGGCAGAUGACGCUGUCCAGGCCUCAACGGUUCUACUUCGCUUUCCCCAAGCCCCUGGCUUAGAGGAAACCCCAGAGGCAAAUGAGGAGGCUGGCCUUGGCCGACGUGCAUCAACUCCUUUAAUAACCCAUCCAAAUCAUCUCGCCGGCCGACAUCACACCACAGGGCAAACCCCAACACGACAUGCAUUCCGUGACUCGAUCUCCAACCGAUUUUCACCUGGCCCACUUCUCCCCACCCUUUCGGCCGGUUUCAGUGCCGUGGUUGCCGAGUCUCUUCGACGCGGGGAAGGCAGUCCCUUGAAAGACCGAACCCGGCGUAGACUCGGCCGCCGCAGACAACUUGAGGGGGCUUUCACAGAUGAUGCCUUGCGGUAUCGAGACGGAGAGGCUGGGCCCUCUGGUGUCGAUGGCGACGGCCACGAUACCCCGCUUACGCUUGCCAAUGCUCGACUUCAGUCCGCCACAAGCUUUGCCGCUACUCCCGCGGAGGCCGGCCGUUCCACCCCAGCUCUUGCAACGGAACUCUACGCUGCACCUGCCCAAAAGUCAGAUGACGAUAUUACCCGCCUGCGCAGUCUUAGCGACUCGUGGAGCGGUGGCCUCGCAUGGUUGGGCGGUGCUCUGCGCAUGAACCCGCAUAAGAGUGUCGAUAGUGUUGCCGCCACGCAGGACACUCCGAGCCCACAGAAUCUGGAGACACAGUCUUCUCGGGGCAACCAUGACCGCCCCGAUGCUGACACCGAGACAGACGCUCGGCGGUAG